UUAGCGCCGUUUACCCCUUUCUACGUGUACCAGCAUAUUCUUACGAUCUUCAUCCUCCAUCUCAAUAUUUUCCAAUAUGAUUUCUACCGUCAUGAAUGCUACCGCCCGUGUCGCCCUCUCCAGCUUACUUACAGCAACUUUCUUCAAACGGACCGUCAUUGAUCAUACUGUUGAGGUCCUGUCAAAAGCGGAGAAAGUUUCCGCUGGCCUCAUCGCAUACACAGUCUGCUCGUCGUCAAUCAUGCUUGUUCUGGCAUCCGACUCAGUAGCUAAGAAGUUCCUCCGCAACGACGCCAAGUAUCUACCCACUCCGCAGGACGACGCCGCCGACCACAAUCCUGCAUUUUCUGACGACACCUUCACCCCCGCUACGCCUCAGCUCGCCGAAUUUUAUUGCCUGCCAUCUCCUUCAACAUCAUUGCGUUUAAUUGAAUCAACAGACACAAUAGCCGCUCUCGUCACGUGUUCUAAUACCUGCAUCAGUCUCACUUCGCCGCACUCCAAAUAUUGCCUGUCACCUAUCGACUCAAAUAGUAGUACUACCGUCUUCUCGGACGAUGCUUCGGAUACCAAUGACUACGAGUCUUUUGGUGACGACAACACUUUCCACGAGGACGAUUUUUCUGUACCAAAACAAACUAUGCUCGACACUCUAGUCGAAAAAAUGCGAGCCCUAACACUCGACGACCUUCCUCGUCUAUCCACUCUUCAACCGCUCAUUCUAGUCGCCAACCACCAGACAGCAUCUACGUCUUCUCCUCCGAGUCUUCUUGAACUCGCCACCUCCAUGGAUGCGCUCAUUCGAUGUAUGAAUGCGCUUUCUCUCUCCGACAGUCCGCCUGACGAUCCUGAUGUCUUUCUUCCUGACCCGGACGACGCCUUGAGCCGAACUAUGGAGAUGCUUUCUAUCUCUGAUAUGUUGCCUUUCACGCCCAAGCUGAAGCCCCCAAUUCCGGUUACGAAGCGCGCCGCAGCUCAACUCAAAUUUCUCCCUCCUACUAGUACUCCGUCUCCACAGCCUACAAUCAAAUUGACGUGCGACAAAACGGCCUCCAUCCUUGUCCCCUACGACCUGGAGCUUUACCGCCCAAAAGAUUUGAGGCCGCCGCCACUUAAUACGCACUCGCACGCACACCUACGCAUCACACACCGCCGCCGAUGGUCCCCUACGACCCAUCCGGACGACGCACCAUACCACAUAUCCUCCUUCAACACGGUCCACCACGACCCGGAGCUUCACCGCCUACGAAGUCGAAGGCUAAUGCCAGUCUACCCAUCCGCCACGCCGCGGGUCUACAACGCCAGCCUAGGUCCCCUACGACCCAAUUCCGGCGGUUCACUAAACGGCCUCCUUCAUCGUCCCCUACGACCUGAAGUUGGAUUCGAAGGCCGCCGCCCACUAUUACGCACACGUCUACCGACCCGAAUCGCUUUUCGCUUCAUUCUCCCCACAGAGGUAUUUUUGAUUUGUUUUUUCCUCGACUGUAUGAGACGGACAUUGGACUUAUCUCUCGCGUGUUUCUUUUUUCUUCUCUUUUCCUUCCCUCCCAAGAGGCAUCUUUGAUUUCUUUUCCCCUUUGUACGAGACAGACAUUGGACUCACCUCCAGCAUGUACGCUUAUUCUUCUCAUUUC